ACAGAGUAUCCGUCUCCUCUCUUGAUUUUUGCCUACAGUAGCACUUGGCGCGUUAUUUUUCUCUGGGUUUAUUUGCGAAAGCCUCCAUCCUGCUGUCUCACACCUCCAGGACGGCUCUUAUCUGGAGGUACUUUGGCACAUCUCUCUCUUUAAGCAAACACGAGCGGUUUCAUCCAGAGCGGGUAAUGGACUGACACUAAUGGAUCUGAACGCACAUGUACGUGUGUGUGUGGGCUGCUGAGACGGGACGGCCCACCUGGACCGACUAUAUAAGACCCAGAGCAUUGAGAAGAGGCCACGAAACCAGCAGGAGAAGAGCAAGGAGAAGAUCCAAACACACUCAACUCUUCCAUCCAUUGAACGUGUGUGUUCAGAACUGAAAGAAGCUCUCAAAAUGAAAGGCGUCCAAUAUCUCGCUGGUCUUCUUCUGCUCCUCUUUGUUCAAAACAGCAUCUGCGUCCCACUGCAAGACGACAACACAAGCACAGAGACGGUAGAAGGUAUGCUGGCGCGAGGUCAGGGAUUCACGACUGCGAAGAGACAUUCUGAGGGAACUUUCUCCAACGACUACAGCAAAUACUUGGAGACCAGGAGAGCGCAAGACUUUGUUCAGUGGCUCAUGAACUCGAAGAGAAACGGUGGUUCGGCCAAACGUCACGCUGAGGGAACCUACACCAGCGACGUCAGCUCCUACCUGCAGGACCAGGCGGAACAGAACUUUGUGGCGUGGCUAAAAUCCGGACAGCCCAAGCAAGAUGUUGCAGACAACAGAGGGGCAAAUUUGCUGCACAGGAGGCAUGUAGACGGCAGUUUUACCAGUGACGUCAACAAGGUCUUGGACAGCAUUGCUGCCAAGGAGUAUUUACAAUGGGUGAUGAACUCUAAGACCUCAGGGACAAGUGGCAAACGUGGCGGAAAUCAAUGAGGAACCAGAGGGCUUCCCUGCAAGAGCUUAAAUUUGGAUCCUGAAGGGGAUUCGAUCAUCAAAAUGAAUGAAAGCCAUAUCGCUUGCAGGCAAAAUGGAAACAACUCUUGAAAUCAAAAGCCAUUUUAUUUUAUUUUUUUAAAAACCUCUGAGCACUGUGGUUGUUAUUUAUUUUCCCUUAGUGUUAAAGAACAUCAUGUGAGUUGUGAUGAGAGAAAAAGAAAUAUUUUUCUAUAGUUUUGAACUAUUUUCUAUGUGUGCGAUAAAAACAAACUCAGGUAAAUGCACUAAACACUCAGGUAAAAAAGUGCAAUUUUACGUGUGCCACCACUGUAUCAAAGUGCCAUAGAAAUGGUGUCUUA